AUGAUUAUAGAUAUAGAAGAACCCGACAAAGUAAAUUUAAAUGAUUAUCCGGAGUUUCGGCUUGUAGGUGGGGAAUAUGUUGUUGAUUUAAAAAACAUAAAAUAUAACCAUACGUGGAACGAAAAUGUUGGAGACAUUACAUAUCGAAUUUACCAAGACCCGAAUGGUAAAAAAGUCAUAAAAAAAGUUGGUGAAGAAUCGGUUCCAAAAAAAUUUCCCGACCAGCAAGAAGCAAACAAAUUAGCAGAGUUUUGCGACCUUUUAAGCAGCGCUAAAACUGAACAAGAAAUUAAUGAAGUUAAAGAUAGAGUAUUGGCUGAUAUUGAAAUCAAACGCAAUGCCAAAAAAGGCAAACGCAAAAGAGAAGACGAAAAAGGAGAGGAUAUUCAUGAUAAUAAUAAGAAGCCCAAAUUAGAUGACGAGGAUAAAAAGAAUUACGAAGGCUUUCUUAAAAAUGGAAUAUUAAAUGAAGUUGAAGAUAAUAAAUUGAAAAGCGGACUUGAAGUCGCAAUCCGAUUGGAAGGCGAAAAGGAAUACGAUGAUGAAAAAACUAGAAAAGAAAUAGAAGAAGACACAAUCGUUACUUCUCUUAAAGAAAGAUUAAAAGAUAAUAAUAUUAGCGAUGAUGAAUUAAGUGCAGAAGUCAAAAAGUUAAUUAAUAAUGAAAUUACUGAUGAAGAACAAGCUAAAUCAUUCUUGGAAGAGGCCAAAAAAAAUAUUACUGAGAAAUUAAAAAAAGAUUUAAAAAUAAUCCAAGAACAAAUUAAAAGUUUAAGUUCAGAAAAUAACUCUUAUUUGGCUAGUUUUUAUAGUAGCAAUAAAGGUCAGGUAGAAACACUGGAAAAGAGUAUUAGCGCGGUUUUAAACCAAAACCAAACUGGCUCUGAACCAAAAGAGGCAGUAAGUUAUGGCUCUAAUGCCUUGAUGAUUUAUUUGGGGGCACCCCAAAAUACUCGCCGCCGACCCUUGACUGAAUUAAAAAUACCGGAAUUUCGUCAAAUUCUAGCAGAAAAUAAUAUCAAUAUUGACAAUGUUAUAGUCCACGGUCCUUAUGUAACAAAUCUGGCUAAUCCCGACCGAACAGAAAUUUUUCACUGGUCAGUGGAAUUUCUGAAAAAAGAAGUUACUCGCAUGGAAGCAAUUGGCUUAAAAACUCUUAUUCUUCAUCCCGGCAGUGCAGUUGAUGCACCCAUUAAUGAUUCUCUAUCCCAGGUGGCUCAUGGAAUUAAUUUAAUUCUCCAAAAAAGCAUCCAAGCCCGCAUCGUUUUAGAAACCAUGUGCGGUCGGGGCAGCGAAGUAGGAAUAAAUUUCGAACAAUUGAAAUACAUUAUUGACCGGGUUGAACAAAAAGAACGAGUGGGUGUUUGUUGA